AUGGACGGCUGUCCCGCGCGCAGGCUACCGGAUCCAUCCAAUCCCAGCCGUCAGUAUCCAUCGGCCGCUCCUCACUACCCUCUCCAACCUCCUCGUACCGUUCCGUUUCCUCCGCGCAUUCUGCCUCUACCUGCUCUUGAUCUGGCGAUUAAAGCCCGAUGUGCCAUCGCAGGCGCGCUGCAGCGGCUGCUAGAUGGGUUCGGCAGUGUGGAGUGCGGUGAUGAGAGGCUGGACGGUGUGCAGAGUGGUGGGGAGGGGGGAGAGAGGGGCGGGCGGGGGGAGGUGGUGGUGAUAUGGCAAGCAGGAGCACGUCAUGUCUCUUCUCCUGCUUCCCUCUCUCUCUUCUCCUGCGUCCCUCUCUCUCUUCUCCUGCUUCCCUCUCUCUCUUCUCCUGCGUCCCUCUCUCUCUUCUCCUGCUUCCAUCUCUCUCUUCUCCUUUGUCCCUCUCUCUCUUCUCUUGCGUCCCUCUCUCUCUUCUCCUGCUUCCCUCUCUCUCUUCUCCUGCGUCCCUCUCUCUCUUCUCCUGCUUCCCUCGCUCUCUUCUCCCGCGUUCCUCACUCGCUCCAACUAUGCCCCAUUUUAGGCGAGAGAUUUCUCACAUUUCUCCUCUCUCUUGCAUCUGCUUCCGAAUGCCCCUCAUCCCCUCCGUUCCCAACUCUUCUCCCUCUGUCAUUCCCCUUCGUUCCUCACCCCCCAUUUUUCCAUGCGCCCCCUCCUUUCCCCCACCAUCCCCAUGACCCCUCUUCAACACCAUACCCCAUGGUGGGCCGUGGCAGGUUGGUGGAUCGCAUGGACAUGUGGGUGGCGCGAGCCCUGUUUGUGGAGCGCAUGGGUCUGGCAUAUGCAGCAGUCGAUGUGGUCGUGGCACAUGCCUCGUCUCCUUUUCCCCACACCCCUCCGUCCCCCCACCACCUCCAUGGCCCAUGGUUUGUGGAGCGGAUGGACUUGGCAUAUGCACCAGCAGAUGUCGUGGUGGCACGGGCCGGUGCCGUCACGUGCUCUGAGCUGCUCACCACUCCCACGCCCUGCAUUCUGAUCCCAUCACCACACGUGGCAGAGGACCAUCAAACCGUGAAUGCACGAGCCAUGGUGCAAGCAGGGGCGGCUGUGAUGCUGCCUCAGGACCAGCUCUCCCCAGACACUCUCCUCUCUGCUGUCACCUCGCUGCUUGCGGAUGGAGCAAGGAGGGAGAAGAUGGAAGAGUGUGCAGGGGCUGCUGCCAGUGCUGAUGCUGCUGACGUCAUGGCACAGGAGGUGCUUCGACUGGCGCUCCAGCAGCAGCAGCACAGAAAGCACAAGGCUAAAUUUGCAUAG